CAAACGGUUAAAUCAGAAACCGAAUUCGGUUUCCCCGGUAACAAGAAGGGGCGGUUAGCGCUCUAGGAUCACAAGACUAAUAUGUUGGCUGCUAUUGGUGCAUUCGGAAGCCUUCCGCAUCAGGCACGCCGAUAAACUCUUCCGUGUCACGUGCUUUACUAAUCAGUAGCAAAGGAAUUGAAAAUGUCACGUAUGAGUAGCUUGUUCUCCUUGGUUUUGUUUGUAUUUUCAGAAUCAUUUGCCCAGUAUGUGCCUCCAUAUACGGAAGAAUGCAGGACCAACAUGUACCCACCGGCAGGACCAACAUACAAGUCUACUGUUGCAUGGUAUACAAUCGACCUUGAUACACCUCCGUAUAAACGAUGGAAUCAGCUGCUAAGUGACAAAAAAGCAGAGCUAGCAAUGCUGAACCAAGUGAUAAAAGAUUUGGCAAAUGCAUUUGUUCCUAGUGGGAAGCUUGUGGAUCUUGUUGAUAAAAAAUUGCCUUCUCUGAUUGAAACAUUUCCAUCACCAUUCCAUGAUGAGCUAAAGGGAAUUGCAGACGUUUCUGGGGUUCCAUUAGGUGAAGUCCUGCUGUUUAAUAUUUUCUAUGAAGUUUUUACAGUUUGUACAUCAGUUGUUGCUGAAGAUUCUGCAGGCAAGUUAUUUCAUGCAAGGAAUAUGGAUUUUGGACUGUUUUUGGGGUGGGAUGUUAAGAAUCAUACCUGGGUUGUAACAGAAUAUCUGAGACCCUUGGUAGUCAAUUUAGACUUCCAGAAGGGCAAUAAAACUGUCUUCAAAUCAACAAGUUUUGCAGGAUAUGUGGGCAUGUUAACUGGUGUUAAACCUGGAGUAUUUUCUGUCACAAUGAAUGAACGUUUCAGCCUGGAUGGUGGAUACAUUGGUAUUAUUGAGUGGAUUAUAGGAAGAAGGGAUGGCAUGUGGAUGAGCUUUCUUAUGAGAUCUGUCCUUGAAAAUGCAACCAGCUAUGAUGAUGCCAAGAACCAGCUAGCUACAACCAAAUUAUUGGCUCCAGCCUAUUUCAUACUGGGAGGCAACAAAUCCGGCCAGGGUUGUGUAAUCACACGUUCAAGAACAACUAGUCUAGAUAUUUGGGAAAUUGAUGCAAAACAGAGUCAGUGGUAUGUACUGGAGACUAAUUAUGAUCGUUGGAAGGAUCCAUUUUUCCUUGAUGACCGUAGGACUCCUGCAAUGAAAUGUUUGAAUCAGACUACACAAGCGAAAAUAUCCCUAGAGAAAAUUUAUGAUGUCCUUUCAACAAAGCCAGUUCUUAAUAAGUUAACAGUUUACACAACACUGAUGGAAGCCAGUGAAGGAAAACUGGAAUCCUAUAUUCGUGAUUGUCCAAAUCCUUGCAUGCCUUGGUGAAGGCUGUGGAGAGAGGAAAUCCUAUUGAAAGACUGAGACGAAAUUGUGCUCUAUUUAGUAAAUGACUCGUAUGUGGCUGUAAUGACAAAUAUUUCACUGAUUACAUUUAAAGCCAAAAGAAACUGAUGAGAUACAAAGGUGUGACUUACUGAAAAUGGACUGCAUUUAACUUAUAUACUUAAAUUAUAUUUUGCUUAAGCUCUAAUGUUAAUGUAAUCAUGCCUUGCUUGGCACAGAAUUUUAAAAUGGUGACUUUGAAAUGAAUUGCCCAUCAUGAAUUUUACAAUACAAACCAGAGAGAUCUUGUGCAAAAAUGUAUUACAAAGUUGUCCGGCUAAGAUGCAUGGACAGCUAUUAAAAAAAAUAAAUAAAA